GUUUGACCACAGACUAGUUUGACUUUGACGUAUGUUUUCACACGUCGAGGAAAACUCGGAGUAGUGAAAAUUGGUUUUUCUUUAUAAAUCAAAUGCAGGACUACUAAAAAAAUGGCUGGUGUCGGCUUUCGAUGGCUGGAUAUUCUGGAAAAAGAGUUCGACAACGCUUUCGUCGACUUGGAUUUGAGUUUGGGCGAAAUUGAGGGUGAAGAUAGCGCUACUGUGUUCAAUGCCAGACAGAAGUUAGGCUCCAUCGGGUCCUGUUUUGCUCAGUUGGCCCAUAAAGCGCAAACUGUUUUCCAGAAUAGUGCAAAAGUGGAGGCUGAGUUAAUUCACCUGCGAGCCGAACUGACUGAUUCCAGAGCCAAAAAAGAACUUCUAGAAAAUGAGUUGCACAACUUGCUGCUUCAGCUGCAUUCCUCUCAACUCUCCCAACUUCCAGACAGUUUAGGAAACAGAAAGGUCGAUCAGCAUUUUAAACCGGAUGUUAAUGCUAUCAAACGGCGUUUGGAUGCGGAAAUUCGACAGAGCCCGUUGCGGAUUAGGAGGACCAUGAGUACAGAUCGAAAAGAAAAGGACUCUGAGCAGAAAUUCAGCCCGACCCUCUUAGAACCCAUACAAGCAAAGGUGGAAAUCGCACUACUGCGCUCGGAAAAUGUGACUUUGAGACACGAUAUUUUGGCAUUAACUGCUGAAGUAUAUGGUGCAAAGUUAGCAGCUAAAUAUCUGGAUAAAGAGCUUGCCGGCAGGAUACAACAGCUUCAGCUAUUAGGAAAAGAAAUGCGCGGAGAAAUCAGAGACAAAUUGUGGAGCCAGCUGGAGUCGGAAAUAUUGCUGCAGAGGCACAAAACCGUAGUCAGAGCAUGUAGGCGGAACAGUUCACUAAAUAACAGUCAGGAGUGCCCAAAACCUCUACUAGAACCCAAUGCCAGUACCGGGCAUUUUGGUGAUAUACGAGUAGUUGUAAUUAAGCGGAAACCAGAACAGGGCCUUGGUAUUAGUAUAACGGGUGGAAGAGAGCACGGUGUUCCUAUACUGAUAUCAGAAGUGGAACAGAAUGGACCAGCCGCCCUUUCUGAGCAUCUUUACAUAGGAGACGCGAUUUUGUACGUAAAUGAUAUUGAUUUGAGAAACGCGUGCCAUAAGGAAGCAGUUUCGAUUCUUCAACAACAGACCGGGGAUUGUGUGCUUCAAGUGCAAUAUAUUGCAGUCGAUGAUAGUGAUAAUUCUUUAGAAGAAGACGGCCUCCUCAAUUUUAGGUUUUUCAGUGAAGAAGUGUACGAUUCGAGUGGGUCUAGUCAAGAGAAAGAAUCCCAAGAAAUUGUGAACACUCCCACUGCUCCCCGUACACCAGAAUCGAAUUCUGUGAGCAGGUUGUCGCGUUCCAGUCGUAGAAACAGUAUGGAAAACGUAGAAACUCUUAGUGUGUUAGAUAACACCAAUAAUGGAGACGUUAUUUGUUUGCCAACAAUAAAUAAACAAGAAACAGACACGCUGCAAUUGCAUAACUCCAAUAACAACUUCUUGCCGGAUAAUAUAACAAAGUUCUCUAAUGAUCUGUCGAAUGUCGAUACCAGUGAAUUGGUCCUGUUGGAUAAUGCGACCAACAAUAUAAUUAAAUUGGAGGAUUUUAAAAAAGUUGAUGUUUUCUCGACGAUGGGAAGCAACUUUAACUGCUCAGUCAACUCGCUUAUUUCGGACAAUUUGUCUUCCUCCAUGCAGACCAGCACGGAUGUUUACGUGGAUUCCGAGAUUUUGUCCACUGAUAUUGCUUCAAGCGACUCUCAAUCACCGAAAAAUGAGAGCACCAAAACUGAUAAUGCUUUUAAUUACGACAACAAUGUUAUAGAGAUUGAAAAGGUUAGUGAGUUUGCCGAAAAAUCUCAACUGUAUUUAUCUCACGAGUCGCUUUCCAAAGCGAAAAGCGACCAAAGUUUGUUGAAUUCGGAUGAGAGCGGUAGCAGCUCGCCGAUUAACAAGACUAAUCGCAACUACAAAAAGCAGAAAAAGCUAAGGAAAAAAUAUUUCGGCGUUAAAACGUUGCAGAGCAUUUUCAGCAAGUACGAUCGCUACUCGGACAUUUCAACUACAGCCAGUGAGCUGGGCGAAGAAGUUCCGUUGUCCCCACGUAAAAAGCCCGGUUCAAGCCUGAAAAUUGUCAGCGCCCCUUCUGUAGCUGCCGUUUCGAAAUCUGAACUACCCGAACCUGAACGGCCCAAAAUUCCUAACAUUAUAUGCCAGGAUACCAGUCCGCAGUUUGAAGAACACGUUCACAACAUAAUUUCGGAUAUUCUGACCAAAAGUCACAUUGAUCCAGGCCCGGUGUUAAAAGCCUCGAAACCAUCUCUUGGGUCUUCGUCGAAGAAGUAUUUUUCCCUACACGGACAGAACUUGAGAGUCAGCAAAGCCAUACGGCUCUGCCCCAAUGAAGACAUGAAUGAGGUUGUGGAUCAGGAUCAGAGGAAGGAAAAACUGCUGGCCCGAUAUGUUUAUAAUGCUAAUUCCCUAAACGUAGAUGGGGUGGGUGAUCCGGACUUCGGCACCCCAGUUUAAGGGUUCUUUAAGGUUGUUAAAUGCACUAAAACCGAAUAGCGCCCCCAAUUUAUAUGGGCGGUUUUUAAAAAUCUGAUUCCAGCAAGCAGUUUUAUCGCUCUGUAUAUUCAGUGCUUUGGGUAACUUUUAGAAACAAACAUCCUUGCGGACGUGUUUUGCUUCCAAUCUACGGUGGUUAAAAUGUUCAUAAACCUAUUAAUUUUCCGAAAAUUAUUUGGGAGUAAUUUGAAAAAAAAAUUACCGCCUUGAUGAAACGUUCAAAGAAUUUCAGUUUUCUCAUUCUAUGCGCGUUAUAGGUUUUAGUGCCCAUAACUAGAUAGAUAAGUUCUGUAGCUUAUAGCUAGGCUAAUUAAUGCUCUUAGCGUUUGUAAGAAUUAUCAAUAGAAAACGAAUAAUUUUGGCAAAAAAACACUCCCAGUCAUCUUUCCAAACUGAAAGUAUUAACAGUUGAUUUAAAUGAUUUCAAAACUGAAAGUAUUAACAGUUGAUUUAAAUUAGCUUCAGCGAAUUACGAAUUAUGUAAUAUCAAAUAGGCCAUUGGCACGAUAGGGAUGGGUUUACAGUUUUCGAUACAUUCGUGAGGAUUGUGUGAAUAUUUAAGAGGCUUUUGCGUCAGCUAUUGCUUUGUGAAAACUUACAACUUAACAAAAAUCCAUUAUUACAUUCUCAUUUAAUUAACGGAUACUGUUGGCAGUAAUCAGCUUUUUGCCACCUUUCGACUGCUCGUCUAUUACUCUAUACGGUACUAAAUAUUAAUUUGUGAUAAGUCAAUCGUGAAGAAGUUUAGGUAAGCUUUAUUAGACCAAAAAAAGAUCAUUUUGCUUCACUAUUCGACUUGUAAGAGAAUGUUUCAAGAGUUAAUUCCGGCAUUUAUCAAAACGAAUUUUUCUUUUCCAUUUGAAUCCAAUUGUCUAGUUUUAGAAGUAGUCUGAAAAAUUCAGUGAAACUACGAAUAUAUUUUUUAUCGAUUUAUUUUUUUAAUAACGCUCAAACUAAACUAGAUAAGUAUUAAGAAACAACCCCAUAACUGUUAGGCACUACCUAGUUUCUGCACUGAACGUUUUUUGUAUCGAUGAAAAGUGGUUCGGCAAUAAUUUUUCGAAAGCCUUAAUCGAUGGUUAUAAUUUAUUAUGAAGCACCAUGCCUUCGGGCAAAGUUAAUUUUGUUUGUUGAAAAUCGAGAAAUUUUUGAAAUUAAUGUCGAACGCUGUUUUAUAAUCUAUUUAGGCUAGAUAAUAGAUUAAAUGCGAUAAAAUACAUUGAGUUAUCACUACGCUUUCACGUUGUAUGUAAUCCGCCUAUUCCUACAAAUGUGUAACGGAUUUAUUUUCUUUCUGAACGUGUUUAUCGUUAUUCACAUAUCUAUUAAAAAAAUGCGUAAAA